AUGUCUUUAGGUGUUGACAUUCGAGAAAUCAAGGAGAUCCGCCCAGGGAAGACCUCACGGGAUUUUGAUCGCUACCAAGAGGAUCCUGCUUUCCGAACAGACCAGUCACACUGCUUUGUCAUACUGUAUGGGAUGGAGUUCCGCCUGAAGACCCUGAGCCUGCAAGCUACAUCUGAGGAUGAAGUGAACAUGUGGAUCAAGGGGUUAACUUGGCUGAUGGAAGAUACAUUGCAGGCGGCCACACCUCUGCAGAUUGAAAGGUGGCUGAGGAAGCAGUUCUAUUCAGUGGAUCGGAAUCGUGAGGAUCGCCAGAACAGUAGCCAUGUCUCUGAGCAGCUGCUGGAGAACCAGAGGACCCAGGGAGGCCUGCCUUUAGCAGAGCUGGGGGGCAGGCGAGUGGUUCUGGCACAAUUUGUCACCUUCCUGUUCUCCAAAGAGAACAGUGUGUGGAACUCACAGCUGGAUGCAGUGUGCCCAGAAACCAUGAACAACCCCCUCUCCCACUACUGGAUCUCCUCCUCCCACAACACGUACCUGACCGGGGACCAGUUCUCCAGCGAGUCCUCCCUGGAAGCCUACGCUCGCUGCCUGCGGAUGGGCUGUCGCUGCAUUGAGUUGGACUGCUGGGAUGGCCCAGAUGGGAUGCCAGUCAUUUACCAUGGACACACCCUUACCACCAAGAUCAAGUUCUCAGACGUCCUGCACACUAUCAAGGAGCACGCCUUUGUGGCCUCAGAGUACCCGGUCAUCCUGUCCAUUGAGGACCAUUGCAGCAUUGCCCAGCAGAGGAACAUGGCACAGUACUUCAAGAAGGUGCUUGGGGACACACUCCUUACCAAGCCUGUGGACAUCGCUGCCGAUGGACUCCCCUCACCCAACCAGCUCAAGAGGAAGAUCCUUAUCAAGCACAAGAAGCUGGCAGAGGGCAGUGCCUAUGAAGAGGUGCCUACAUCAGUGAUGUACUCCGAGAACGAUAUCAGCAACUCCAUCAAGAAUGGCAUCCUCUACCUGGAGGACCCUGUGAACCACGAGUGGUAUCCCCACUACUUCGUCCUGACCAGCAGCAAAAUCUACUACUCUGAGGAGACGAGCAGUGACCAGGGCAACGAGGAUGAGGAGGAGCCCAAGGAGGCCAGUGGCAGCACAGAGCUGCACUCCAGUGAGAAAUGGUUCCACGGGAAGCUCGGGGCAGGACGGGAUGGGCGGCACAUCGCUGAGCGCCUGCUUACCGAGUACUGCAUCGAGACCGGGGCCCCUGAUGGCUCCUUCCUCGUGCGAGAGAGCGAGACCUUCGUGGGCGACUAUACCCUCUCUUUCUGGCGGAAUGGGAAAGUCCAGCACUGCCGGAUCCACUCUCGGCAGGACGCUGGGGCCCCCAAGUUCUUCUUGACAGACAACCUGGUCUUUGACUCGCUCUAUGACCUCAUCACACACUACCAGCAGGUGCCCCUACGCUGCAACGAAUUUGAGAUGCGCCUCUCAGAGCCAGUCCCGCAGACCAAUGCCCACGAGAGCAAAGAGUGGUACCAUGCCAGCCUGACCAGAGCUCAGGCCGAGCACAUGCUGAUGCGCGUCCCCCGGGAUGGGGCCUUCCUGGUGAGGAAACGGAAUGAGCCCAACUCCUACGCCAUCUCCUUCCGGGCUGAGGGCAAGAUCAAGCAUUGCCGCGUCCAGCAGGAGGGCCAGACGGUGGUCCUGGGCAACUCAGAGUUCGACAGCCUCGUGGACCUCAUCAGCUACUAUGAGAAGCACCCACUGUACCGCAAGAUGAAGCUGCGCUAUCCCAUCAACGAGGAGGCGCUGGAGAAGAUCGGCACAGCUGAGCCAGACUACGGGGCCCUGUAUGAGGGCCGCAACCCAGGCUUCUAUGUGGAGGCGAAUCCUAUGCCGACUUUCAAGUGUGCAGUCAAAGCACUCUUUGACUACAAGGCCCAGAGAGAGGAUGAGCUGACUUUCACUAAGAGCGCCAUCAUCCAGAACGUGGAGAAGCAAGAAGGUGGCUGGUGGCGGGGGGACUAUGGUGGGAAGAAGCAGCUGUGGUUCCCGUCAAACUACGUGGAAGAGAUGGUCAGCCCCGCAGCCCUGGAGCCUGAGAGGGAGCACUUGGACGAGAACAGCCCCUUGGGGGAUUUGCUCCGGGGGGUCUUGGAUGUGCCAGCUUGUCAGAUUGCCAUCCGUCCCGAGGGCAAGAACAACCGGCUGUUCGUCUUCUCCAUCAGUAUGGCUUCCGUGGCGCACUGGUCCCUGGAUGUCGCUGCUGACUCACAAGAGGAGCUGCAGGACUGGGUGAAGAAGAUCCGAGAAGUGGCCCAGACGGCAGACGCCAGGCUCACGGAGGGCAAGAUGAUGGAGCGGAGGAAGAAGAUCGCCCUGGAGCUCUCCGAGCUGGUUGUCUACUGUCGGCCUGUUCCCUUUGAUGAAGAGAAGAUUGGCACAGAACGUGCCUGCUACCGGGACAUGUCGUCCUUCCCGGAAACCAAGGCUGAGAAAUACGUGAACAAGGCCAAAGGCAAGAAGUUUCUCCAGUAUAACCGGCUGCAGCUCUCCCGCAUCUACCCCAAGGGCCAGCGGCUGGACUCCUCCAAUUACGACCCCUUGCCCAUGUGGAUCUGUGGCAGUCAGCUCGUGGCUCUCAACUUCCAGACCCCAGACAAGCCUAUGCAGAUGAACCAGGCCCUCUUCAUGGCCGGUGGCCACUGUGGCUACGUGCUGCAGCCGAGCACCAUGCGGGAUGAGGCCUUUGAUCCCUUUGACAAGAGCAGCCUCCGAGGCCUGGAGCCAUAUGCCAUCUGCAUCGAGAUAGGAAGGCAGCUGCAAGUCUCCACCGUGGGGCUGGGCCCAGAGUGGCGAAAGCCCGAGGCAGGAUACAGAGCCGUGCCUUUGAAGAACAACUACAGUGAGGACCUGGAGCUGGCCUCCCUGCUCAUCAAGAUCGAGGUUUUCCCUGCCAAGGAGAACGGUGACGUCAGUCCCUUCAGUAGUAUGUCUCUGCGCGAGCGGGGCUCCGAUGCCUCGGGUCAGCUGUUCCAUGGCCGGGGCCGGGAAGGUUCCUUUGAAGCCCGCUACCAGCAGCCGUUUGAGGACUUUCGUAUCUCCCAAGAGCAUCUGGCAGACCAUUUUGACAGUCGGGAACGGAGGGCCCCACGAAGGACUCGGGUCAACGGGGACAACCGCCUCUAG